AUGGACGACGACGAACUUAUCCAGAGUUUUAACGAUUUUUUGACCGACAGUGACGAGGAGUCGGAAGAGUCUGCAGUUGAUUACGGUGUUGUGCUCUUUGUCAAUGAUGGUGUAGAAGAAUCGGAUGACGACGCACCAGAACUUUGCCAAAAGGAAUCGGGUGUACGUUAA